AUGUCGCCAACAACGCCGAGGUCUCCCAGCCGGCACCAACCAACGUCUCCGCCGAGCAACUACAUGCAGGCGGUCCAAAGCCUGGACGCCCGGCCGUUGGCAGAACUCCACAACGAGUACUCAUACCUCGUUCACGACCUGCAGAAGCAAGGCGACCGGGCCACCCGACUCUUCCACCGGUACGCCGCCGUCGAUGCCCGUCUAGCAGAAGCACAGACCGCAUCAGAGGCCAAAAGGUGCAAGCGAGAAGCGUCUCUGAUCAAGACCAAGAUCGCCGAGAGCACCCAGCAAGAAAAGCUCAUCCUGCUCCGGCUGGGCCAGAUGCACGUCGAGCUCCAGACUAGAAACCGCUGGAUGACGGUGCACCACCAACAGCCAGUUCUGCACCUGCCGCCCCUCGUUUAUCCUCCUCCACCUCCUGCGGCGCCGCCAGCGCCAACUCUGAGCCAGGGUCAGGAUCAAGCACCCUGCAAUCGCCUGAGCUCGUGCCAGGAGCAGAAGGGCAGCAGAAACAACUCGACGACAGAGUGGCCGUCGGACUCUAAUUCAUGCGGGUCGCCGCCGCUGCAGCCCCCGUCCUUCGUCUUGAGCCCGCUGUCUCCGUGCUUCACGCCGGGUGCAGUGGUCUUUUCCGAGGACAUUUGGUCGCGGGCGUCCAAGACGUCGUCUGCCGGGAAGCAAAUGCCGAUCGAGUCCGUCGACGGCGAGGCCGAGGAGCAACAACGAGAUGAAGAAAUUCGAGCAAGUCAUCAACUGCCUGGACCAGCGACAGCACGCACAGCGGGAGCAACCCACGGCGAGAAACAGCCCCAGAAGGCAGAGGAGGACACCAACCCCGGUUUCCCCGAGAAGGACAUCCACGAAGACCAGGAGCAAGAGCCAGAGCCAGAGCAAGAAGAGGAUGAUGAGGAGCCGUGGAUGACUGAAUUGAGGCGCGUCUCGCUCUACUCACCUCUCUCGUCGUCGCUCCGGGCUAGGAACAGCGACAAGCGCAUGAGCCUGCCAUAUUUCAAGAGCCUGUGGCCGCCCUCAUCCCGGUCGAGGAGGGGUAGUUUCCAGUCGACGGCUGGGCUAAGGGAAACGGUGUUGACUUACUUGGGGUGA